AAAGUUUUUUAUGGGGUAAAUAUUUUGAAUAUGUAUUAUUUUUAAAUUUUGAAACUGAAUUGCAUGAGAAACUUUUUAAAAACUCAUACCAAGUCAGGAUUAUUUGACAAGUCAGGAUUGACAAAACGAUAAUUCAAUUGACAAAACAAAAAUAUAAAAAAUUGGACCCUAGGACUAAUAUUGGAGCAAUCUGGAGGCAUACACAAUUUUGAUCUAGUCCAAUUUAUAUAAAUUGAUACGUCAUCUUCGAGAUGAGAUCCUCCACUGGAAAAGGUAUAAUUUUCCCCAUAUGUUCCUUUCGAAACACUUUUCUUUAACCAGGACAUUUGGUCAUUGGUCCAUACUUAGUAAAUGUCGAUUUUUUCUGACAAUCAUUCAUUACUUUAAAAUUUUUAAUACUGAGUAUAAUUGUCUUUGGUAGUCAUGAGUACUCGUCCACGUGUCACCCUAUCCUAGCUGGCUCUACCAGUUUAACUAAAUCCUGGAACUGCCCCAGAAAAAACAAAAAAGAACAGUUGAUACAUUUUUUUCACUUAAUAAAUUAUUUAAACACUAGCACUUUCGAGAUUCUUCUAUAAAAUUCAAGGGGUUGCACCAACUUGAAGCACCUCAAUUGCAACAGAAUAUUUUUUUAAGAUGGAUUCAUUUAUUCGUAAUACUUUGUUGCUUCAACAAAUAAAAUAAUUAUUCCCACUAAUGAAGUAAAUUCGAAAAACAUUCUUCCAAAUUCUCGAUUUGCAAUACCCAUUGACACAAUGUACGCGCUCAAUUGUUUAUAAACGUAAACAGCUGUUCAUUGAGAUGAUUCUCCCAGUACAAACCCCUAACAGCAGGUGACACCACGUGCUGAGCUCACCUUUUACCCAUUUCUCUCCCCUAUUGAUUAUCGUAGGUGGAGGUAAGGUCGUCCACCAGAAUCAAUACUGUCAUGCGCCGACAAGACCACACCGUCUCUUGUCGAAUUGUCUUCACGAUACCACAACGUGCACCGAAGAGGAUUAUUUCGUUGUAAUUCCGUGCUUAUCGUAACCGAACUCACAACAAUUACCUUUUGACAGUUGAAGUUAAUGCGAACACGUGUUUACCCAGUAGUCUAUAAGUUUGACAAUACGUUUUCUAUGCGAACGAUGUUGUACUGAUUCGGAAAACGUUUGACAUUUACCCCGCGACAUAAAACCGAACCAAACCCUCAAGUCACCUUUCAUCUAACAAUGAAUAUCAGGAAAUUCAACGAGGAAAUUUGAUUGCGACGCAUAAAGUCAUCAUCUCCACCGAGUUUAUCAACAAUCAUUAUCAGCUGAUCGAUAAAGAGCUUGCACUGCUAUCAAAGAUCGAUAACAAGAGAGGAAUAUCCAAGAAACAUCACCAGUGGAUUGAGGACAAGCGCAAGCACCAGUUGUUUCUAUGCGGCAGGAAACCCAGACCGGUUUAAAUCUUCGGCCCCCGCGUGACCUUCAACAGCACGGUGGCGCCAUGAUUGAACAAGACAUGGCUGGUGCACAGGACACUAUCUACCUGUGUAACUUCCGAGUAUCCGUUGAUGGGGAAUGGCUGUGCUUGAAGGAACUCCAGGACGUUGAGUUCUCAAUGCAGGAAUCAAUGCGUUCAUCAUCGCCACCCCUGGCCCUCAGUGGUAUACCAACUAAUCGUGUAUCUCACGAUCGUGAUCAGCAAACAACUGAACAAUCAGAGCUUUACGAUAUUCUUCCGCUAAGUCCACCGCCAAUUCAGCACUUUUCGAGCUUGUCUCGCGAUCCAGUGAUAAUCGAGCGCAGUAACCUCGUUAACAUAUCAAAAUUAAUAGUGAAAGAGUUGAUCGAGACAUCUCUCAAGUAUGGGCGCAUGCUUGACUCAGAUCACAUGCCUCUCCAGCAUUUUUUCAUUGUCCUGGAGCAUGUUCUGAGACAUGGCCUUCGACCCAAGAAGGGUCUGCUCGGUCCAAAGAAGGAGCUUUGGGAUAUUCUACAGCUAGUCGAGAAAUAUUGCCCUGAAGCACAAGACAUAACAUCGAGUAUCCGAGAUCUGCCGACUGUCCGAACGGCGAUGGGUAGAGCUCGGGCUUGGCUACGCAUGGCCCUAAUGCAGAAGAAACUCGCCGAUUACCUGAAAAUACUCAUUGAUCAUCGCGAUGAUCUUCUCUCCGAAUAUUUUGAAACUGACGCUCUAAUGCUUAGUGAAGAGGCUAUCGUAAUUAUGGGAUUGCUGGUUGGAUUGAAUGUCAUUGACUGUAACUUUUGUGUCAAGGAAGAAGAUCUGGAUUGUCAACAAGGAGUUAUCGACUUUUCACUGUAUCUGCGUAACAGCAAUCACAUACCUGGUGAUUCGCUUGAUGAGGAACUCGAGAAUGAUAACAUGACAACGGUACUUGAUCAGAAGAAUUACAUCGAGGAAUUGAAUCGUCAUCUUAACGCCACAGUUACAAAUCUUCAGACGAAGGUAGAAUCACUAACGACUACAAAUGCACUUAUGAAAGAGGAUUUGGCAAUAGCGAACAAUAACAAUUUGAUACUGCAAGAGGAGAAACGACAGCUCAAGAAGGAGUUGGGAAUCGAAGUUAAGGAUACUCACGAGAACGGCAAAGCACCCUUAAAGAUAACAGAGACAACGACGGAAAUUGAGGAGUUGAGGAGCAGAUUGGAAAACGAGAAGAAAUUGCGCCUCGAGGCUGAGAAGGAAUCGGAGUUGCAGAUCAGCAUGAAGUCUGAGAUGGAGGUAGCAAUGAAGCUUCUUGAAAAAGACAUCCACGAGAAGCAGGAUACAAUCAUUUCACUCAGGAGACAGCUGGAGGAUAUCAAACUCAUUAAUUUGGAAAUGUACAAAAAAUUACAGGAGUGCGAGAGUUCCCUAAAGCACAAAACCGAACUGAUUGCUAAGCUGGAGGCUAAAACCACAUCCAUGUCGGAAACUAUUCAAAAAAUGGAUGAAAAAUGCAAGGAGAUUGAUGGUGUAAAAACGGGGGUGGAGGAGCGUGUUCGGUUACUGGGGGCCGAAGUGGCGGAGAGGGAGGCCAGGGCGGAUGGUGUUGAAAGGGAAUUGAGAGUAGAACGCGAAUGGCGCACUUCCCUCCAAGGCGCUUCGAUAUCCAACACUGAAAAGAUUUCUCAGUUACACCAGGAGAUCGACCAACUGAAGCAAGUUAAAGAGAAAUUCUUGGCCCUUCAAGAAGAGCACUACGCCCUUCGUGAAAUAUGCACUGAACAAGAGCACACACUUGAAGAAUUGGGUGGCCAAUUGAGUGCAGCUAAACUAGCCGCCGUUGAAUUACGCGAAGCAGCGGACAAUGCUCACCAUCAAGCUAAUCAGGAUGGCACAGCUACAUGGGCGAAUGACCGACUUGUUACCCACUGCAAGGGCUGCACCAGAGAGUUCAACCUAACUCGUCGCAAGCACCAUUGUCGAAAUUGUGGAAAGAUUUUCUGCAAUGCAUGCAGUGACAACACCAUUGCCAUGUCGAAUUCAGCUAAGCCAGUGCGGGUGUGCGACGAGUGUCACGUUUUUCUCGUUGGUCGUUACUCGGUUGUGCAAUAAUGACAGGGAGUACAUUGGGGUCGUUUGUGGAUGGGAUCAAGUGUUCGAGAGGUAAGGAAUUUGGAAAGAUGAGCUUCUGCUCGAACCGCUGGGAGGAGAUGUCCUAACUGGGAAUGAUUUGACGAAAUUUGUGGGAAUCGGGUGGAUAGUAGUCCCUACCAUUCACCCCUCAAUCCUUCUCCUAUUUCGCCCUUACGAAUAUUGUGUUUCUCGCAAAAAAACUGAGGAUUUUUGUGUUUCUCAUUUGAAGACUAGUUAAUCAAAAGUGUUUUCCUCUAUUUUGAAAUAUUUUCCUGAAAAUUACGAGUAUUGUUAUUACGAUUGUUGAAGGCAGUCCUCUUUACUGCAUCUGCAGCAAUGGGAUCCAGAAACUUCACUACCGCUUUAUAAGGCCAAAAAUCCUUUUGAAUCUCCCAUUCCGAGUAUUUUAUCAUCACUAAUGGAGUAGAAUCAUCACAAAAAUUUGUUACACACAUCACAAAGCUCCUUUCGGGUGAAAUUGUGGCGUAUGAAAGCCGAAGGCGGAUGAUAUGUCUAUCAGCCUGAGUUUUCAUCCAUCGAAUCAUACGCUCUGAAUAAUAGUUCAUAUAGCAUCCUUUUGGGAUAAUAAAAGAAUUCUUCUGAAUUUAGUUUGCUCGCGCUUCGGUUUAGAUAGACCCGAGAGAUUUCAAGGCAUUACUAUCUAAUCAUGAGGGUAUGUGUAUCGUCCCGCCAUGGAGAUAUCAAUCCAACUCGACAAUCUGAGUGAAUAAUUUUGUCUUAUUACUGACUUUGCCGUACCCACGGUACUGGAAUUUUAUGCUGACGAUCUAUUUUCUGCUGGAGUAACUGUUGCCAGGAAAUUGUGAAAGUGUAUGUUGGAAGUUAUGUGAAGGCUGAGGAAAAAAAAUUAACGAAUUAUAAGAAAUAUAUUUUACAUGCAUAAGAAAA